AAGAGUACUGCACAAGAAAAUUAAUUACAUAUCCAAACCACAUUAUGGGAUUCUUAUCCCGCCAGUGCUUGUCUAAUGUUGGCCUGCUUUCGAAAAUUUUAGUUCUAUUGUUGUUUUGUGUUUUUGUGGCUAGCUCCUUAUCCUCUAGACAGCAGAAGCCAUCUACUUGCCAUGAUGAGGAGAGCACUGCCUUGCUGCAAUUUAAGCAAAGCUUUGUUAUCAACAUCUCUGAUUUUGGUUUUGAUGGUUCUUAUCCAAAGGUCUCAUCAUGGAAGGCAGCUGAAGGAGAUCAAAAUAUCAACUGCUGCUCAUGGGAUGGGGUUGAGUGUGAUGAGGAGACGGGUCAUGUUAUUGGUCUUGAUGUUAGUAGUAGUUGUCUCUAUGGCUCCAUCAACUCCAGCAGCAGUCUCUUUCACCUUGUUCAUCUUCGGAGGCUGAACCUUGCUGAAAACAACUUCAAUUACUCUCAAAUUCCUACCACAAUUAGGAAUCUUCCGAGGCUCAGGUAUCUCAACCUUUCCUCUUCUAGGUUUUCUGGCCAAGUCCCAUCUGAAAUUUCACAAUUGUCCAAAUUGUCAUCCCUUGAUUUGUCUGGCAAUCUUGAUACACUUUCUAAUGAGGGAUUGUUGAAGCUCAAAGCAUCAAACCUAGCAAACCUAGUUCAAAACUUAACUAGUCUUGAAAAGCUUCAUCUCACUAACAUUAACAUAUCUUCCACAAUUCCUGAUUCAUUGGCCAAUUUGUCAUUUUUGUCAUCCCUCGCUCUAAGGAAUUGCGACUUGUAUGGCGAAUUCCCAAUAAGAAUUUUCAAGUUACAAUACUUGGCAUUUCUUAGUGUGAGAUUCAACCAAGAGCUUUCUGGUUAUUUGCCCGACUUUAAUGGUAGUAGUCCUCUCACGUCACUGAUACUACGUGAAACUAAUUUUUCCAGAAAUCUUCCUUCAUCAAUCGGAAAUCUUGAGGAAUUGACACAGUUGGAUUUGCGUGAAUGCAAAUUCUCAGGUCCAAUUCCUGCUUCACUCGCCAACCUUACCCAACUCAGUUAUUUGUCACUUGGAAUGAAUGAUUUUGUUGGCGGUUCUUUGUCUUGGCUUGGUAAGCAAACAAAACUUACCCUUCUUAACCUUGACAGCAGCAAUCUGAGUGGUUUCAUCCUGUCUUCUCUUGGCAACCUCACGCAGCUCACUCAUCUUUCUCUUAAAGAUAAUCAACUUAGUGGCCCAAUCCCAUCUUUGUUAGGUAACCUUAGCAGACUAACAGACAUAGGUCUUGAUAUAAACAGUUUAAAUAGUUCAAUCCCUGAAUCAUUGUUCAAUCUUAUGGACCUCGUCGAGCUUACUUUAGCUGCAAAUUACCUUCACGGUAAAUUGGACAUUUGUAAGCUACAAAGUUCCAUAGCAAUGCUCCAACUAGGUGAGAACAAACUAGAAGUGUCUCAAUGUAAUAUUACGAAUACAACCCUACUUCCAAAGUUUAAGUUUCUAGGAUUGUCUUACUGCAACAUAAAAGAGUUUCCAGAUUUCCUAAGACAUCAACAAAGCUUGACGUGGUUGGACCUUUUUGCAAAUAAAUUGCAUGGCCAAAUACCGAAAUGGAUGUGGAAUACAAGCACACAAAGUUUGAAGUUGCUAGACCUUAGGGAUAACUUCCUUUCGCGGUUUGGCCAUCCAAAUGUCGUCCUUCCUUGGGUUAACCUACAAGUUUUAGUUGUCUCGGAUAAUUUGCUAGAUGGAUCACCACCCAUACCUCCACAGAACAUCAUCCACUAUCAACUUCAUGGCAACAAACUUACUGGGAAACUUUCACCAUUGAUGUGCAAUAUAAGUACUUUUGAGUACUUUGAUUUGUCAAAUAACAUGUUGAGUGGCACCAUUCCCCCGUGUCUUGGUAACUUCAGUGAUGAUCUACAAGUUUUAAAUCUCCGAAACAACUCUUUUCAUGGCAUUCUCCCUCAAACAUACAGCAAAACAAGUAGCAUGGAGAUGCUUGAUGUUAGUUAUAACCAAUUGCAUGGGAAAAUACCAAGCUCACUGGUGAAUUGUGUGAUGCUUGAGUCUCUUGUUCUUUCAGUGAAUAAAUUCAGUGACGUUUUCCCUUUUUGGUUGGGGAGUCUCCCAAAAUUAAAACUCUUGGCGAUGCACCACAAUGAGUUCUAUGGUGUGAUUGAGAAUACCAAAGAAAAUCUUCAUUUUCCUGAGUUGCGCAUUCUUGACCUGUCUUACAAUCAUUUCUCAGGUGAGUUUCCCUCUAAAUACAUCUUUUCUGGUAAUGCCAUGAGAGGUAUAGUUCUGAGCCAACCCACAUAUAUGAUGGCCAGCUCAGUUCUCAAUAUCCCCCGUGCACCUACAUUUGAGUAUAAUUUCGAAGUCACAAUCUCAAACAAGGGUGUCGAGAGAUACUACUCGAGGAUUCAAGAUGAUCUUGCGGUGAUUGAUAUCUCAAGCAAUAAUUUCCAAGGGAAGAUUCCAGAAUUCAUUGGGAACUUGAAAGGGAUUCGCUUUCUCAACAUUUCCAAUAACAUCUUCAACGGCAGCAUCCCAUCAUUCUUGGAAAAUUUGACAUUGCUUGAAGCGUUGGACCUUUCACAGAACCAACUCUCAGGAGAGAUUCCCCAGCAACUAGCACAGCUUACAUAUCUUGCGAAUUUUAAUGUCUCCUACAACAAUCUCACAGGUUCUGUACCACAAGGUCCCCAGUUUCACACAUUCGAUAGCACUUCAUUCGAGGGAAACCCAGGAUUGUGUGGAGGGCCAUUGCCAAAGAAAUGUGGGAACUCUAAUGCUCCAGCUCAGCUACCACCUUCAAGCAGCAUUGAAGAAGCUGUUUCAGGCUUUGCUUUUGAAUUUGACUUGAAAUUUGUGUUGGCUGGAUUUGGAAGUGGGUUGCUGGUAGGAGUGGUACUUGCAGACGUGGCGAUUACACGGAGGCGUGAAUUGUUUCUUGAGAUAGUUGGGAUGUUGAUAAGGCUAAUGAAAAGGAUCAAAAGGCAGAGGAGGUAUUAAUCGGCAAGUCAAAUUUAAGGUUGUGCAUUUGGUAUUGUAUGUAUGUUCUCCGUUUUUUUUCUUUCCAUUAUAAUCACCUAGCUCUUUGAAUAAAAAUUUCAAAAUGUUGUUGUAUUCCUUA